AUGCGAAAAUACGUAAAAGAUUAUUUAGCUGCGUGUGGAGAGUGCUGCUAUUUCAACUCACGAGGAGGUAAACGCGGGGGUACUCUGCACUAUGAUGACGUUGAACCGAUACCUUUCCGUUUGAUUCACAUCGAUCACCUUGGACCUUUCAUUAAAAGUAAAAGAGGUAAUAGCUACGUUUUGGCUAUUUCAGAUGCUUCCUCGAAAUUUCUGGUUGUGAAAGCUGUACGUAAUACAAAAACAACUCCUGUAAUCGCCGUUUUAAACGAGAUGUCCAGCUAUUUUGGGUUACCUGCAAAGAUUGUUACUGAUAGAGGUACAUCGUUUACAUCCACUCAAUUUGAGGAGUAUUGUGACACCAAUAAUAUUCAACAUGUCAAAACAGCUGUACGAACGCCACGAGCUAACGGACAAGUUGAGUGA